AGUGAAGGCUUAAUGGUAACAGAGGAAGAAGCUGCCCAUUUCUACUGACUCUAAAACCACCUGGCUAGCGAGUGACCACAAUACAGGCAGUACUGACCACCAUGUCUCUGCUCGUCCACUUGCUAGCCUGCGCUUUCGGGACAGGCUCCUGGGUAGCCGUAAAUGGUCUGUGGGUGGAACUGCCUCUCAUCGUGAAUGAGCUCCCAGAGGGAUGGUACCUGCCUUCUUACCUAACUGUCAUCAUCCAGCUCGCCAACGUAGGGCUUCUGCUGGUCACCCUCAUGUACAAGUUCUGUCCUGGCCGACUGAAAGCAGUGGUUGUCAUCAAUAUGAUCCUGAGCAUUGGGACAGUCUCAUGCUUCCUGCUUGCUUUCUUCUGGAAAGAGACCACAGUGGUGACAAUCUCUGUGAAUCUUGAAAAAAAAAGAGGCAAGCACAUUGCCCAGCAAAGCCAAGCGUUUGCUUUCAUGUACUUUCUUGUUGCUUGGGUCAAUUCACUGACUAACGGUGUGUUGCCGUCUGUCCAGACGUACUCCUGUAUGCCCUAUGGGAACACGGUGUACCACCUGUCUGCUGCACUGGGCUCCAUGGGCAAUCUUAUCGCAUGCAUUAUUGCAAUGUUCUUCCCAAACAGGUCCCUGUUGUUGCUCGGGGGUCUCUCUCUGGCUGGGACUGGUUUCGGUGCUUAUAACGUGGCCAUGGCAGCUAUGAGUACCUGCCCUCUGCUUCAGAACUCACUUGGUGGAGGAGUGCUUAUUGUCCUGUCUUGGAUUUUCUUUGUUGGAACUGUGUCUUACGUGAAAGUGAUGGUGGGCUUGAUACUGCGAGACAAAAGCCACAGCGCCCUCGUGUGGUGCAGAGUAGCAGUGCAGAUGGGGUCGAUGGUCGGUGCUCUGGCCAUGUUUCCAUUAAUCAAUGUGUAUUACCUGUUCAGAUCAGGAGACAGCUGCAAUACCAACUGUUCUGUAUGAAAAGUAUGAGAUGAACUGUGUAAAUAGGGCUCCAGUAUAGUGAGCAAUACAGAAAGUACUAAACAUAAAGAACAAAUAAAUAACAUAC